AUGUGGCAUAUGUUCAGCUCAGGAUUAAACAUAAUAUAUGUUUUUUAUCAUUAUACUAGUAAUUUAAAUCCUAUUUUACAUAAAACAUAGAAAAGUUGUGAAAACAUUGCAGUGUUAAUAAUUCAAUUUUAAGAAUAAAGCAAUACAUUAAAGCCACUGAAGUAGCUGAAUGCUGAACAACACGAGCAACACUAAAAUAGACUAAUAUGUAAAUGAGUUGUUAUGAUUGCUGUUUUUCAUUGAAUAUUUGGUAUCAAUUGAUAACCAUGAAAGGGGUAAUAAUCAUUCUCGCAGCGUAUUUCUUGUAUUAUUGCAAAUGUGCCACCCGCACCUUUUAUGUGGAAAGCAAUGUGCUCAACGAUCGACCGAUUAUUGGUGUAUUGUCCCAAGAACAAUCGUUUUAUUUACACUCGAAAUAUCCUAAGGAAAAUUAUACGAGCUACAUAGCAUCUUCUUAUGUUAAGGAUAUUGAAUCAGCGGGUGCUAGAGUUGUGCCAAUCUUGAUUGGCAAAGAUCGUGGCUACUAUGAAGAACUUAUGAAGAAGAUUAAUGGGGUAUUCUUGCCAGGUGGAGCAACAUUCUUCAAUCAAUCAAACGGCUUUGCUGACGCUGGUCAGCAUAUUUACGAAAUCGCAAAGGAAUUGAACCACAAUGGAGAUUAUUUUCCGAUAUUCGGAACAUGUUUGGGCUUCGAGUUGCUUAUUAUUUUAGCUUCAGGACGAGGUGAAAUCGAAAAUAGAAUAAGAUGUUAUUCCCAUAGUAAUCUUCCACUUAAUUUUACGCAGGACUACCGUAGUAGCAAAAUGUUCAAGGAAACUCCAAUUGAUAUAAUUAAUAUAUUGAAAACCAAAGAUGUCACCGUGAAUGCUCAUCAGUUUUGCAUAGUCGACGAAAACUUAAAAUCUCACAACCUUACCAAUGAUUGGCGGGUGACUGCUCACAGCAAUGACGACUACAAAGUCGAAUUCAUCGCGAGCAUCGAACACAGGAGAUAUCCAUUUUACGGGGUGCAGUUCCACCCAGAGAAGAGUGCGUUUGAAUGGAAACUCUCGAAGAAAUAUCCGCAUUCGUACGAGGCUGUGAAAGCCAACCGUUACUUUAUGGACUUCUUCGUCCAGGAAUGUAGAAAAAGUCAACAUUCUUUCGCCAGCGCCGCCGAAGAAAAUCGUUACUUAAUUUACAAUUACGAACCACGUUUUACGGGUGUCCUCGGAAGUGCGUACCAUCAAUGCUAUUUCUUCGAACCCAAAGGAACAGUUUCAUAUAAAAAUUAAUAUAAAUAAUAUAUUAUAAUCAAUUGCGUGUUUGCAAAAAAAGUAAAGUUUAAUAAAGUUUAAAAAGUGUGACUUCCAUAUAUU